UCAUCUGCACACGGCUCUGCCCCUCCUUUACAACUAUUGACUUUUAAACGCAGCAGUUGCGGAGCUCCUGGAGCAUGCCGCCCCGCCCCAUUUGCGGGCAGCGCCCCGCGGCCGCACUGCGCAGGCGCGGUGCCCCGGCCAUGGCCGCUGACCCGGAUGCAGCUGGCAGCAUGAUGGCGGCGUAGCGCACAAGGGCGGUUCCGGCCCCGCUUAUGGCGGACCUGGGCCGGCAGCUGCACGAGUAUCUCGCCCAGUCCAAGGCCACCGCCGCUCCCGUCCCGCCGCCCGCCGGCGUCCCGCAAGAGGAACCGGCGGGGAGCGGCGCGGGGCCGUGGCCGAGCGCCUUCUCGGGGCCGGGCCGGCGCUGGCCGUGGGCGGCCGAGGCGGACCCGUGGCUGCCGGGGCUGUCGCUGUGGCAGCGGCUGGCGGGCGCCGCGCUGUGCCUGCUGCUGGCCGCCUUCUGCUUCGGGCUGGCCGCGCUGUAUGCGCCGCUGCUGCUGCUCCGCGCCCGCAAGUUCGCGCUGCUCUGGUCGCUGGGCUCGCUGUGCGCGCUGCUCGCCGCCGCGCUGCUGCGGGGGCCGUCCCGCCUGCUGCGGGAGCCGAGCCGCGGCUCGCUGCUGUACGCGGCGGCGCUGGGCGGCACGCUGUACGCCGCGCUGGGGCUGCGCAGCACCGCGCUCACCGCUCUGGGCGCCGCCGCGCAGCUGGGGACUGCUGCUGCCGCGCUGCUGGGCGCGCUGCCCGGAGGGGCCGGCGGCAUCCGGCGCCUCGGAGGGCUUCUGGGGGUCGCGCUGCGCCGCGGGGCCGCGCUGCCCGUGUGAUGGACGGGGCGGCCGCCCGGCUGCGGGACGAGGGUCACGCUGGGGUUCCUCGCAAGAAGGCGGCCCGGAGCGGCGGUGACUCUGAACUCGAGCGCGGGACCGCGCCUCACCGCGGCACCGCGCCCGGCCGGGGAUGAGGAGCGCGGCGGGUCCCGCGUGGGGGCGGUGGAGCCGGGAGCGGGAGAGCGGCGCUGAGGAGCUGCGGCCACGGCCGUGCCCGGAGCCCAGGAGGAGCGUCUGCCGGCGGAGGGCCGCGGGACCGCCGAGCACCGGAGCGGAGACGUCGGCCGUGCGAGGCGGAGUGCCCAGCCCGGUUUCCCGCGCCCGGUCCUGCCUCUGUGCCGGGACCCGUAGCGAGCGCCGCCCGCGUGCCCCUCACUGCUCAGAGAAAGCCGCCUGUAAUUGGCAUCCAGAGCGGCGGGCUGGCACGGCGUGCCCCUCGGCAGCAGCUCUGCUAGGGACCAGGCUGCUCAGCUGGGCCGUGCGGCAGCCCACGCCCUGCCUUAGAGCCUGACCCCCCCGCCAGGUGCCUCGGACAGAGCCAGCCCAGCGCUGCUAUGUUUGCCUCUCAAUCACUGCUUAGGGAUAAAACGGGAAUUGUUAAACGGGGGUACCUACAUGUACGUAGACGGCUUUAAUAAUAAAACUAUUUGUGUACCAAA